UACCGAAAACUAAACGUUUCUAACUACGGUGACACAUACUUUAUUAAAGGUUGUGGCUGCUUUUUUUUUCUUUUUCUGGAAUGCUUGGGGCUCACCAUAACCAUUUACUUUGUGCAUGUGGAGGGAACACACAAUUUGGAGAAGCUUCACAGGUCAUGUUUUCCGCAUGGCAAGUUGGUGCAGUGUACAGUUUGCCUGCCUGGGCAAUGGGAAAUUCCUGUGCUAUACUUGCUGUUGCCCUCUAUCUGGUGGGGGGACCGAUGCAGGACCUACUGUAGCAUUAGACAGAUUCCACAACUUGAGGAGGGUGGAUUUAUUCCCUCUGAAUAUGUGGAAGCUCUUUUUCACCUCUCUUGGCUGCUUGGUGUCACUGGUGUAUAAAAGAGUAUAUUUGGUUUAAUGUCAUUAUCUUCAGUAUUUUCCUAGGGUUACAAGUGUUAAAUUCUGCCACUUUUAGUGGCCUGAGUCUAUAUAAUUAGUCUUUUUUUUUAGUUUGUCUUUUUUAGUGUUUAGUUACCAUCCCAUAUUUGGAAAAAAGAUUUGAUUUUUUUUUUUCACUGCCAUCAGUGUUCAAGGGGGUUUUCAGCUUGGUAUAUGACUUAGAUGCAUUUCUACAAGAAAACAGGUCUUAUUCUGUUCUCAGAUCUGCUGUAGUUACAUUAGGAGUAGGUAUUCUGUAUCCAUGUGCUUGGAUGUGACAUUACUGGAUGAACUUGUAGAUACAUUUUCACAAUGACAAUAAUUCCUGAAUGUGUUUCCUGAUUACUUGUGGAUAAUUGUGAAAUGAUGAUGUGACAUACUUUUACAUCAGAUUAUAGGGAAUUUUCAUAAGCAAACUAGGGAAAAUACCAUAAGGUGAGUGCUGAGCUGGCUCAAAAACUGCUCUUAGUUAUUAGAGGUUCACUAUCAAAGUGGCAGGGUACUUUGGAUCCCACAAGAAUCUGUUCUGGUUUGGUUAUAGUCAGUAUUUUUGUCAAGGACUUGGAUGAUGAAAUAGGGAGAGCAAAUAGUGAUGGGUAACAGCAACGUGGAAGGUAUCGCCAGUUCUUUUGGAGGACAGGAUCAGAAUUCAAAUUUAAUCUUGACAGAUUGGAUAAAUGGUUGGAAAUCAACAUUAUGAAAUUUAGUAAAGACAUUUGAUAAAUGGUACAUUUAAGAAGGAGAAUGCGAAAUAGGGAACAAUCCAGGGAUUACGGUGGAUCACAAAUUGAAUGAGUUGUCAGUGUGAUGCUGGGGUGUUGUUUUGUAUUUUAGAAGAGACAGUCUGGUAUAUGUUGUGUCAUAAGUAAGACGGAGCAGAAUUACCUCCUACUUGGCACUGGUGGGACCUCAGCUGUAGCAUGUACCUAGUGCUGGGCAUCACACUAAGAUGUAGACUGACAGCUUCCAAGAGGAGAGCAACAAAUAAACCUGAAUGGUACCUAACCCAGGUCCUCAUGUGGAUUGGAAAUCACACUAAGUUUCUUGAUGAAAAAAUCCAGCCAAUAUUGGACAAGGCAGGCUAUUCAGUGAAUGCAAGGCUUGAAUUCUCCCGUGCUCUAGUAAUGCUAAUUUUGGAGAAGCUGGCUACUGAUAUUCCUUGCCUAUUGUAUGAUGAUAACCUGUUAUGUCAUCUUGUGGAUGAAGUGCUUCUGUUUGAGAGAGAGCUGUACACUGUUCAUGGAUACCUCAGCACCUUUCCCAGCUGUAUGCAUAUUUUGUCGGAAGAAACCUGCUUUCAGAGGUGGUUAACUGUGGAAAGGAAAUUUGCUCUUCAAAAAAUGGACUCCAUGCUUUCCUCUGAGACUGCCUGGAUAUCACAGUAUAAAGACAUCAGUGAUGUAGAUGAAAUGAAAGUCCCAGGCUGUGCAGAAACUUUUAUGACACUGUUAUUUGUUAUCACAGACAGGUAUAAGAACCUUCCUACAGCUUCUAGAAAACUGCAGUUCUUGGAGUUACAAAAAGACUUAGUUGAUGAUUUCAGGAUACGAUUGACUCAAGUUAUGAAGGAAGAGACUAGAGCUUCCUUAGGCUUCCGAUACUGUGCAAUUCUUAAUGCUGUUAACUACAUAGCAACAGUAUUAUCAGACUGGGCUGACAAUGUUUUUUUCUUGCAGCUUCAACAAGCAGCUCUGGAGGUGUGUGCAGAUAGUAAUGCACUUAGUAAGCUACAGCUAGGGCAGCUGGCUUCUAUGGAGAGCUCUGUCUUUGAUGAUAUGAUUAACCUCCUAGAACGCUUAAAGCAUGACAUGUUGACCCGUCAAGUAGAUCAUGUCUUCAGGGAGGUCAAAGAUGCAGCAAGGCUGUACAGAAAAGAAAGGUGGUUAUCUUUGCCAUCUCAGGCGGAGCAGGCAGUAAUGUCCUUAUCCAGCACAGCUUGCCCAAUGUUGUUGACAUUAAGAGACCGCUUGCUGCAGCUAGAACAGCAGCUGUGUCACUCACUGUUUAAAAUCUUCUGGCAAAUGCUUGUGGAGAAAGUGGAUAUGUUCAUCUAUCAGGAAAUAAUUUUGGCGAAUUACUUCAAUGAAGGAGGAGCAGCACAACUCCAGUUUGAUAUGAGUAGGAAUCUGUUCCCUUUAUUUUCACACUAUUGCAAGAGACCAGAAAACUAUUUCAAACACAUAAAAGAAGCCUGCAUUAUCUUGAAUCUAAAUAUUGGCUCUGCCCUGCUUUUGAAGGAUGUACUAGAGUCAGCCUCAGAAAAUGGAACCAUCUUAAAUCCAAACCAGCCAUCUGCCACAGCAGCUUUAAAUGAACUUGGAGUUUAUAAAUUAGCACAGCAGGAUGUUGAGAUACUGCUUAAUUUGAAAACAAAUUGGCCAAAUACAGGAAAAUAAGUAAACAUCUCAUAAAAUGAUUAUUAAAAUGUUUAGUCCAGAUUAUUUAUUGAAAUAACAAUUAAACCAAACUGUAUUAUGUUAAUAUAGUUUUUGCAUUACUCUUAAAGAAUUGCUACUCUACACUUAAAGCACAUUGGCUUGAUCUAGUUUUAUGCCUUAGUUUUUAAAUAUUGCAUAUAUACUUUUUCCCAAAUUUUGCAAAAUUGAGUUAAUUUCUAGUUCAGUAAGUACAGUUCAAAGAAACUAAAACAGACUUGACUAUGUUCUCUGUGUAUAGCUGCCCUGGGGUAGAGGCAUCUACAUGAUGGGGAUGAGAAUAUAUUUCUCGUUAACCUAGAGGUCUCCAUAGUAGAUAAUUGCUUUCAGGUCACAUAAAUGUUUUCACGGCUUAGCAAAGAAUAUGGAGUAGACAGCACAUAUAUUAGACACAUUCCACAUGAAUUCAUGAUUUGGUUUGAUGCGUGGAAAGUUACGGGUUGGGAAUUGCAUACAUAGAUCUUGCAUACCCAUAUGCGCAUGCAGAGACUUAUGAAUAAAGUGGAGUCAUGUGUUUGCUUUCUGAUGAUUUGAAAUUAAGCCUAGUCAUUGGGCAUUUUUGACCACCUGCUUCUAGAAGUGUCCAAGGCCUCUACAGGCUUGUUUAUAACUGUGCGUUUUGUGUCUUGCCGCUUGUUUAAGAAAAAGCCUCGAGACAGUUGUAAUUGUUAAUAAUCUUUUUAUUUGAAAUUGCCUAAGUUCAAAUGCAGGCAUCUUCCUUAUGUUAAACCAGCUUUUGUUUCUACACAAGAGGUUUGAAAGAAAUUUGACAUUUUAAAAGUUAAAUAUUAUUCAGUGCUAUAUAACUGCUGCUGUUGCAUGCUGUAAAAAUUUCUGUAUAGCAGCAGGAUUAUAUAUGGUGAGCCAGGAUUGUAACUCGGCAGUACUUUGUCAAAGAGGAGUUGGUUAUCAUUGAGGCUUCAGAACAAUGGCUUUGUUGGGAAAGGAUGUUUUUAUACACUACUUAUUUUGACAAUAUCUUUCAAACUAAAGGAGCCUUCAAAAGCUGGCUUUCAGCUGUACGGUGAGGAUGAAUAAAUUUGUCUUAGUGACUCCUCUGUUAAAGCUGGCACAAAAAACCUCUUGUGUACUGUACUGAUGCUACUCUAUUAGCCCAAGAAUAUAUUUUGGAUGAGAGAGAUUAUCUAUACCUUAAAGGCCAUAAAACAUAAGAAUGAGACUUUAGGGAAAUAGUCACGAUAGUUGUUGAUACUAAUACACUACCCAGCUCGCCAGCAUCUUUUUCUUCCUGAAACAAAAGAAAAACAAAUUUGAUAUUCUACAUAGACUCUGGUUGGAGCUUUAUCUCUCUCUUUCCUUGUGAUUAAUGGAUGAUCCACCACAGGUUACUUGUCAUUUACUAUAGGGUAAGAGCUUGUCCCAUCGGUAUUUACCAUGGAGCAAGGUCUGUUCUGCAAGUCCCUACACGUUACCAUGAAGUCAGUAAGUGUUCACAUGCCCGUGCCCUUACGGAUGACAGAAAAAAUGCACACACUAUACUAGGAACAGAAGCAAAACAGCUGACCUGUCCUAGGAAAUCUGACCACUGCCAGAACAACAGCAAAGAUGGAGUACCUUUUUAGAAUAUAGCUUUAAAUGCACAAAUACCAUAAUGGAGUUAAAAAUGUAUGCAUUUGAAAAAAGGUGAACUUUAGAUCAACCACAGGUUUCUCUUUCCUCCACAAAAAACCCAAAUGACAAAAACAUUCACUUACACUUCUUCCUUGAAUAUUUCCAGUGUGAUAUUUGUGCCAUCUUCAUAAGACACAUCCUGAGCACUUAGCCCCAAGGUUUUAAGAGCUACAAAGAUUUUAAAGAAUGAGUUUUAAUUUUACAUUUAGAAUAGCCUUAGACCUUUGUUACAGUUGGGAAAAAAUUGCUGAACUCUAUAAUGAGAAUUGUUAGACCUUUUUGGCUCAAUGGUAGGUGCCAUGUCAAAAGGUGCUACAUUUUGACUUGCUUAAAAACCUUUAAGGAUUUUUUUGCAAUAAGUUACUUUUUGUCAAAGCUAGAGUCUAUAGAGGUCAGAAUUUUCUCUGAGUGGAACAAUUUCAGCUGCUUUUCUGCAACAGUCUUGCAUGUAAUACCAUCAAAUGUACUUUAAUAAAGUUCUAAUUUGUAAA